CAUUGCUUCCCGAAGGUUACCGUGAGGUGAGAGCUACACAGCCGCGGAGCGUCACUGCUGGGGUGUUGUGGCCAGGAGUGUUUGGCCUAUCUGUAGCGCUAGUGUUGGGCUCAGGAAGUAGUGAAAAGCUGAGGGCGAGGUGAAGUCUCUGUGGAGCCCGUAGGCUUAGCAAUGAAGAGGAUAUUUGGGUUCGGGAGUAAGAAGGGCGUGUCGCCCUUGGGCUCCGCUUCUGUUGGGCAGAAGAAUAAUAGGAUUGACAACUUCCUGAUGGGUUACCACGUCCGAGACAGAGAUCUCGGAAAGAUCCACAAGGCUGCCUGCGUGGGCAACGUAGCGAAAGUGCAGCAGAUUCUGUUCUUGGGGAAAAAUGGCGUGGAUGAUAGAGACAAGAUGAACAGGACUGCUCUCCAUUUGGCCUGUGCCAAUGGCCAUCCAGAAGUGGUGACCCUCCUAAUAGAGAGGAAAUGCCAUCUUAACCUCUGUGAUAAUGAAAACAGGACAGCUCUCAUGAAGGCCGUACAGUGCCAGGAAGAGAAAUGUGUAAACAUACUGUUGGAAAAUGGUGCCGAUCCAAAUAUUAGGGAUGUGAGUGGCAACACUGCUCUCCACUAUGCUGCCUUUGGUGAUAAUAUAUCCAUAAUAGAGAAGCUGCUGCUAUACAAUGCGAAUACUGAAGCAAUAAAUAAGGAUAACUUCACACCACUUCUAGUUGCUGUAAAUGAAAACAAACAGCAAAUAGUGGAAUUUUUAAUAGAAAAGGCAGCAAAUAUACAUGCAGUUGAUAAAUUAAAAAGCAAUUACGAAAUAAUUUGCAGACAUAAAGAAGAAAUCAUGCUUAAAAAUUCUUUGCAAAAUAGCAGUCCAGUAGAAGAUAAGAAUUCUGAGGAAGACUCUUUAACCAGGCUUUCCGACAAACCUGGUAUUGAUGAUUCAUGGCCUACAUCAGAUAGCGAAGAC